AUGACCUACAGUAGGAAGCAAGUUGUUACAACCAUCAGCGCUGUGCUCUCUCUUCCCAUCCCAAAUGGUCUGGCUUACGCGACUACAAUUCUCCCGAUAGUCUCUGGUCUCUUGCUGGAAGCUGGCUACGAUCUCACUCGCCGGCAAGAGCGUCGCAAGCGCCUCAAUCGCGGAGACAUCCAGCGGCCGCCGCUUGUCAUCAUUGCGAAUACGCUGAUCUUCAUAUAUUCCACCGUCGUAAUCACACUGCUCGGAACCCAUGCAGCCCCACCCUCGGGAUUAGAUUGUGGGCUACACGAGCGAUGGAUGACCAUCUACCGAAACAAAAAUGUAGAGGCCGUACGCACGAUACAAGAUGCAUUCAAAUGUUGCGGGUUGAAGAACUCUCGCGAUAUGGCAUGGCCCUUUCCGGACAAAACGCAUAAGGCUACGGCGUGUGAGGAAGCCUUUGGCCGUACGAACGGUUGCCUAGACUCGUGGAAAGGCGAGGAGCGACGAAUGGCAGGUAUACUCAUGGCAGUCGUGGCGCUAGUAUUUGUGUGGCAGUUCGCUAUCAUUGCGAUACCUACACAGCGAGAGUCUUGGCUGCAUAGCGUUGUUCCUGACAGAGUCUCGCGCAUAAUCGCGGACGAGGAUCACAACAACGACGGCCCCCGCCGAGCGAUUGAUUACUUGCCCGACUUCAAUCGGUACUCGGAUCGAAUAGAGGAAGACAACAGCGGCGGCGAUGUCGAGAAUGGAGCGCGCAAGACCAUCAAAUCGGGAACUGAACAGGUGGAGAACAUUUUCGCGGGCAGGAGUGAUGAUGCAGGGCAGGAGCGAGGGCCUCUGGAGAACGAAUGGCUGCGGUCUUCAGACUAGUAUCAACCGGGUGUCAAGUCCGAGAUGGCGUUUGUAGAGCGGGAAUCAGCGUGGUAGGACGGUUAUGUUUACGACCUGACGACCUGGGCAUGAGAAGCCCACCUAAUGACUUGAUUUGACAGGCGUUAAAGGUGCGGGUGUUGCGGU